AUGCACCUUGCUGGUUAUUACCUGGAAACAUGUGGCAGAGAUUUUCACAUGGUUCGAACGCCUGAUUGCAUUGUUGGCGACAUGCAUUGCUUCGACUGGUUUCUUCUGAUGAUUGCCUGGAAUGGUUGCGUAUCAGCCUGUCGUCUGUGUCUCCCCACAGAUUCAAUGCCCAAAUCUCCGGCUUUGCGCGAAACAUGCGGCACAGACAGCGGCCUGUACUCAGCCGAACUGGGCCACGAAGCCUCAUCCUUGCGUCCACACUCUGAUCCUGAGGACGAGCUGGAAACAGACUGGGAUGCAGAGUUUGAGGACUAUGUUGGGAUCAGCGCCCCGCUGUACCAAGUGGUGGAGGGUGUGUUCAACAUUCCGGCACAGAAGUUCUUCAGGAGACAGGUAUUUCAAGCUGUACGGCAGUUGCUGUCGAUGCUUGCUGGUGACGUCAUCGACGUGUACUUGGUAGAGCAGUUGAAGAGCCUGCGCACAGAGCACACCAUAGCCCGGAUGAUCCACAUGCUGAAGAGCGCCCUUUGGCCUGGGGGAAAGUGGUUCGGUUCCUUGGGGUCCAUCGCUGCGGCUCGACCGUCCAGUAGAGGGGGCCGACCAACAGGCAUAGACAAGGACAAGUACCUUGAGCCCCUGCUCCGGCCGCCCGACGAAGAGGAGAUGGUGGAGCGCAUGCGCCACCGGCUCAUAACGCAGGCCACUCCGGCCUUCACCCACCUGCUGGGCAAGAGCACCUACUUGGAGGGCAUGCAGGACGUUUUCGACAUGCUGCAGCUGCCCACCUUUGUCACCCAGCUGGGAUACGGCGUGAUGGAGAUCGCGGUGCUGGCCCUGUACCCCGAGCUGAAGGACAUCUUCAGGAGAAUACACGGGCCAGACAAAGCCCACAGGGACGGGGGCCCGGCCUCCUGA